AGUAGUGAAAAUAACACAAAAGACUAAAUUAAAUUUAUAAAAGGUACAGUUAAUGUAAAUAACUACAUACACAGAAUAAAAACCGAAUCAAAAGCACCCUAUAAUAAAUAAAAUUCUAAAAACAUUAAGAGCAGAAAGCAUUAGACUGGUAAUUUCUGAAACUUUUUGUGGAUGAUAGUUCAAAGAAGGCUAAUUUCUCCACGUUCAUAUUGUGAAUUUGGAUCAUCAUAAAUUAUUAUUCCAGCACUAAAGGUUGGUGUUUACAGCACAUGUAUGUGUAGAUAUGGUUCUGUUUCGUUCCCUCCUGACUGCCAGUGGCAGUAAACAGAGUGGAUGUAUCUCCUCGCGCUCUGCGCAGGUCGAGUACUAAUGUAAACAAAGUCACGUACGUGACACGUAGCGCACCUGGUCGCGAGUCUAUAAAUUACGCGCCGAUAGCUACGUUCGGGUCUCCCGGGAUCUUCUCGCCCGAGAAGUUCCGAGUGACCCCUGUGACUGGCAGUCAUCCAGGAACUCACAGAACCAUAGUUACACCGUAACUUCCGUUCUCUGCUGCAACACACCUGAUAAAAAUCAGCAAAUGAUUAACAGGGUUCUCCAGAGCUGAACUGCCGGUUCACCGACUCAGGUGUGUAGGAGUAGGAACUAACUAGAACCUGCUGGUUAAGGACCUGGGCACCCCUGCAGUGAAACACAAAAAAGGUCUUCAUGACAAUCCCUGGUUGUGUGACUGCCAGAUCUCUAUGGUGGCAUCACUGUCCAUGUCCCUGGGGAGUCCAGUUGUUCUGAUGGAUCAGCUGAUAAUGUGCAGUAGAUCUAUGGGUCAGUCAGGGAUGCUGCUGAUGCAGGCUGAAUUUCCUCGAUGUAUGAGGCCUUCGGUUCAGCCUACAGCCACCAGGGUCAUCUCUCCUCUGGGCAGCAAUGUGAUCCUCCGCUGUGAUGCUAGUGGGUACCCAACACCAACCCUGACCUGGAUUAAAACUUCAGCUUAUGAUAAUUGUUGUCAACAAGAAAUCCUGCAGAACUCUGAACGACUACCUCAGGUUUUGGAGAGUUUUCUGCAAGAAUCUCCUCGAGUUGGAGUUCGUUGGUCAAUAAUCAGUUUGAAUGGCUUAUCGUUCAAGGAUGCGGGAGAAUAUCGCUGCCAGGCACGAAACAUGGCUGGAAUAUCUGAGGCCACAAUCAAACUAAAAGUUAUAGGGGUAUCAAAACUAUCUCGGCCUCCAAAGAAAAAAUCCCAAAUAACACGCAUUAAGUCAUCAUGAAAAUACAAAAAGGCAUGUCAUGACCCCUGUGAGAUGCAGCUGGUGGUCCUGUGUUUUAUGUGGUCUUUUCUGCUGAUUUGUUCUCUCGGUCAUACACCUACUGCUGUUUACAUGGGAGCUGCAUCAGCACCACAAUGUGACCCUCAUACUUGGAAAGAAGACGGCAGCCUCCACAGUGUAUACUGGUUACCAUGGGUGCAGCAAUGAGAUCCUACUCAAGCUCCUUCACUGAAGAUCCCUUUGUGCUAUCCCAGCUGUGCCCGAUUGGACUGAAUACUUCAAAGACAUCAAAGAAGUUUAUAGAAAGUAGACUGAAACAUGAAUCGAGGUGCUACUUGUAACUGAUUAGACUCCUCAAGGGCGUUAAGCUGUUCAAAUACUUUGUUUUUGUAUAGGCGCAGCUUUCUGUGAGAAUUGUCUCUAUGUUACUCUGUUUUGCAGAUUGUGGAGUUGAAUUUCAUGAUUUUGUUUCCCACUGCUUGCCGUUUCUGUUUGUAGUAGAGUUUUCUGAUUCAUCCCUGGUUUGCCAUCCAUAUAACUCUCUUUGUUGGAAGUUUGUGGUUUAUGAGUGGGUUGUCACCAUAAGAUUCCUCCCUUGGAAGAAACAUUGAUUUAAUCUUUUUUUAAAACAUUGAAUCAUUCAAUGUACUUUGUCCAGAGGUAGUUAUUGUUUGAGAAAGGGUUAGGUGUGGAUUGAUUAUCUUGAUCACACACACCAUCAGCAGCUCCUUUGUCCUCUUUGACUACCACACUGUUUCAAGGGUUGUGAUCCACAUUGGUCAUUUACGGAUAUUUUCAUGUUUUGUUGUUGUUAUAGUAUAUAGAGGCUCUCAUUUAAGCCUCUGGGAUGCACAGUGUCCAACUUAGCAACCCACAGCUUCUCAGUUCUCCUCCGUUACUGUGUGGUCCAGUCAGGGUUUGACUCAAGCACCCUGGCAUGAACAGACUUCCACCCAUGUGUAAUAAAGUGUUGAACCAAA